CAAGGUUAGUGAACAAGUGAGGAGUUCUUUGACUGAAAGAAGGAAUGCCUUGUGUCAGACUAGGAGUGGUUGACAGAACAGGAAGGCAAAAAAGAGUGAGAGGGGGAGAGAGACAGUCACAGAGUUAGAUGACUUUUGUCCUGUGCUGGGGAGGAAAAUCUGCUUUGUGUCUGUGAUGGUUGGGUUCGAGUCUGUGCCAGCAAGAACCUCACAGCAUCUCGCUACCAUCCUCAAGACUUUAUCCAUCUGCAUUAUUUCAUCUCCAUGAGGAGCCGUGUGUUUGACAUAAGAGGGUCUUGUUUCAUAGGCUGCCAGAAAGUUUGUAAAGGAUCCUCAUGUCCCGGAGCGAGUAAGUGAAAACACGCUGGUCAUGGAUAGUUUGAACCAAAACUUUACCAUUGGACAUCAGUCUCAUCAAGUGCUCCAGAGCACUCCACUGGAUUUGAUUGAGACUGGGAAAGCCCUGAAGGUCCAAGCAGAACGCCCCCAUUUAGUUAGUCUGGGAAGUGGCCGUCUCAGUACAGCCAUCACCCUCUUACCCCUGCCUGAAGGCAAGACCACUCUGGGUCAUGGAGGCAUGGACAUCAACAUCCAGGGCCCAGGGAUCGCAGCUCAGCACUGCUUUAUCGAAAACCAGGCAGGACUCAUCACGCUGCACCCUUGUGGAAACCAGUGUAGCAUGGACGGACUGCCGGUCACCAAACCUGUGCGCCUGUCUCAAGGCUGUAUGCUGUGUUUCGGCCAAUCCACCUUCUUCCGUUUCAACCACCCCGAGGAGGCUUUCCGAAUGAAAAGCAUGAUGCCUGAGGGAGGACAGACAGCUAGUGUGAAAAACUGGGCCCACACAGAUUCUGGGAAACUGGUCAAUGGGAACCACUCGUCAAGUGUGCCGAAAUCUCACUUGGUCUCCAACGAGAGAGUGCGCCCUGAGCACAGUGCCAUCGUCAGCUCCAUUGAGAAGGACCUUCAGGACAUUAUGGACUCAUUAGUCAUGGAUGACCCUCAGCCCUCUUCCUCAAAGAAGCCCUCUGGUCAGCCCAUGUCCCAGUCUGCCUUGUCCCCCAUGUUAAAUGGAGGGGGGCGCUUCCUUCUCUCACCCCCAACGAGCCCUGGUGCUAUGUCUGUGGGCUCCAGUUAUGAGAAUACCUCCCCUCCUUUCUCUCCUUUCUCUCCUCUCUCUCCUCUCUCAUCCCCAUCAGCUGCCAGCAGUGGCAGCUACAACAGUCCUUCUCCGAGUGGUUGUCAGGACCAGCUUCACACACUUCCUCCUGUACCAGUGAGGUCUUCUAGUUACAAUUUCACCAGCCAGCCACUCAUACCUCAGCCACGGACCAUACUGCCAAGCUAUUCUGGUGGUAACAGUGAGUCAAAGGUACCUGAGAGUCCCAGACUCCAGCGAAAGGCUCUAUUAGAAGCACCGCCAAGCCCAAAGCCAAGUCGUAGGGGGUUGAACCAAGACAGCUCGGUGGCUAAAACCCCAGACAGCCCCAUACAGACUCACAGUCUGCCUUCAGUCUCAAUCUCUACUGCUCCAACUGAUUACCCAUCUGUCAGUCGGGUUCCACUUCCAGGCAGUCCCAGACUGACCCCCAAAUUCUUCACUGCAUCCCCAUUCUCCUCACCUUCUAGCCCUAGAACCAAAACUGCCAUUGUUCUGCAGGAUCGGCCCUCAAGUCCUUUGCGGGAACAGCCUCAGCCAGAUCGCUCCUUGACCUCUAGCCCUUCUAACCAACUCUCCCCACCCUCACAAUCUUUCCGGCCCCCUUUGGACCCCAUUGUCCACAUCAUUCAGGGUGGACCUCCACAGCCACAUCCUCGCACAUUGCAGCCUCCAGAAAGUCCGCGGCUGGCCCGCAGGAACCUUGAAGGGAGUAGCAUGAGGGAGCUUCCCCCUCUUAGCCCUUCCAUAGCUCGCAGGGGGGUUCCUGUGCUCCCUGGAGCUCUACCAGGAACCCUUCGGACUCCAGAGAGUCCAUCCCCAAGAAUGGUGCCAGAAAGUCCCAGACUCAGACGGAAAGCAGGGUCUCCUACAGAAGAACCAUUCAGCCCUCGUGGGAUGCGUGCUCGUAGUCCUUCACCUACUUCUGGACUGAUGGGGGAAGGCAGUGGAUGGAAGGGUAGUUUUGGGAACUCGCUCUCUUCUGCCUUUAGCCUGGGUUCUCUGCCUGGGUCAUCGCCCCGAUCCAGUCCCAGGAGCCACAGAAAGAUGUCAGCAGGCCACAGGGACCUCCGGAUGCCUCACCCUGGUAUGAGGGAGCGCAAAAAUAGCAUCUCAGAGAUCAGCGACAACGAGGAUGACCUUCUGGAGUACCACAGGCGCCAAAGAGAAGAACGACUCAGAGAGCAAGAAAUGGAGAGGCUGGAACGGCAGCGGCUGGAAACAAUCUUGAACCUCUGUGCCGAGUAUAACAAGGGUGACGGGCCGGCGGGAGAUCUGGGGCUUGGCUCAAGGGACCAGCUUAAUGUCAGACAUCCUUCUUUGGACAGUGUGAGCAGUGCUUCCCUAAGGGUGACGCAGAGACAUCGUGGAAGCCGAGAGGAGAGCCUGACGGAGGACAGUAAUAGCACUGAGAGUGCACAGCAGGACGGACGGACCCCACCAGCUCUGCUAAAUGGACAAAAUGGACAGGCAGAGGGCUCUCUGGGAUCGGGCAGAAUUGGCCGUCUGGAACUGGGAUACCUGGAGGAGGAGCGGGUUCGAGUGCUGGCAAAGGUAGAUGAGCUCAAAGCUCGAAUCACAGAACUGGAGCAGCAAAUUCAAGAGUCCAAACAGGAGGCGGAAAUGGAAAGAGCUCUUCUGCAAGGAGAGAGACAGGCCGAACUGGAACACAUUGAGACUGAGACUGAGAUUAUCAACCAGCUACAGCGCAAACUCAGUGAACUGGAGAGCACCAUUCAGAGAGAGAAAGACAAGGCAUGCUAUUCUGCUGGAUGGCCACACAAGGUCCAUUCUGGUUUCAGUUGCCAUCCCCAGGAGAGGGCUAAUGUUGACGCAGAGCGGGAAGCCAUGGAAAGGCUUCAGGAUGAGUACAAUGAGAUGACGAGCCAGCUUCAUAACUGCCCUGAGUCUCUGAGGGAGCAGUUACAGGAACAACUCAAGAGGGAAGCUGAGACCCUUGAGGCUGCGACUAAGCAGUUUGAGGACUUGGAGUUCCAGCAGUUAGAGAAGGAGAGCAGUCUAGAGGAGGAGCGCGAGACCAUCAGCCAGCAGCUGCUGCAGGACAGAGCUCAGUACCACAGCAGCAUCACCAAUAGAAAGGAAAAAGUUGCAUCAUUGGAAAGCCAGGCCAAUCAGCUGGGAAUACAGGCCACUCAGGAGUGUGAGAGACUGGCUAAGGACAGAAGUUUGACCUUGCAGCUGCUACAGAAGGAAAAGGAAAGACUGGCCAGCCUGGAGAGAAGAUACCAGAGCUUAACUGGUGGAAAAACGUUCCCCAAAAGCUCCAACACUAUAAAGGAGGAGUACUUGAAGCUAUCAGAUGUUUAUAAGAUGUAUGGGAGUGAUUGCCAUGACAUCCAGCUCACCAACGCUUCCUCACACGGCCUCUCGCUUGCCCUUGACUCAGCUGUAACUGCCCACCGUGAGGAGUAUGUGACCAUCGGCCAAUUACACCAGAUCUAUGGGAUGCCGAAGGUGGAGUCUUCCCCUACCUCACCCAUCCAAUUACUUCAGUCUUCUCUCGCAGACUCCGCCUUCUCCUACCUCCCCUCCCCUCACGGCUCCUCUCUCUCUCUCUCCUUCGAGCGUCAGUCGGACUGGGGCAGGCCUCAGAUGCCCGCUCUAAAUUUAGAGCACUGGUACUCUCCUCUUCCCCUCCCGGCUAAAGCUUUUUCAUCACGCAAACCUGUGCAGGUGUACCGCUCUCGACUGGACAGUGAUACCAGCCAAUCCUCACUGAGACCAAAAAUCAGCGCUGGUCUGUCCCCCACAUACACUACGGCUACACUGGGACGCAACACUCCCGCCAGGAGUCCUCUGAUGGUAGCCAACAGCACCGGGAGUCUCCCACGCAACCUGGCAGCCACCCUUCAGGACAUUGAGACCAAAAGGCAGCUGGCUCUUCAGCAAAAAGAAUUCUUGCCCUCCAUGUUUGAGUCAUCCUCCAGUACGGACAGUCCCACAGGCCAGCAAGUGAUUGAGGAGCAGCGGAGACGUUUGGCCGAGCUGAAGCAGAAAGCUGCAGUAGAGGCGCAGUGCCAGUGGGAGGCGCUCCAUGGCUCUCAAACGCAGAUCAACAGUCCCUUUUCUUCAACCUCGGGGCCAGUCGUGCACCACUCCAUCCUGCACCACACGGCGCCCUCUUCUGGGGAACAGCCUUAUGACACCCUCAGCCUGGAGAGCUCGGACAGCAUGGACACAAGCAUCUCCACUGGAAACAACUCGGCCUGCUCUCCUGACAACAUGUCCAGGUUCAACAUUUCCAUUGCCAGUUGUAUGGAUGCGUUGAAGAUUGAGGAGAUGGAGAAGAUGUUAAAAGAGGCACAACUGGAGAAAGCUCGACUCAUAGAGUCCAGAGAACGAGAGACUCAGACCCGUAAACUCAUGCUAGAGGAGGAGAGAAGAAGAAGAGAGGAGGCGGAGAAGAGACUGAAGGAGGAGACGAUACAUAGAGAGCAGCUGAUAGAGAAGGAGGUGAAGAUGAGGGCCAAAAACUUCUCUCAGGCCCGCCCGAUGACCCGAUACCUUCCCAUUCGCAAAGAGGAGUUUGACCUCCGUACCCACAUCGAGUCCUCAGGUCACAGCGUGGAUACGUGCUACCAUGUGAUUCUCACCGAAAAGAUGUGCAAGGGCUAUCUUGUCAAGAUGGGAGGAAAGAUCAAAUCCUGGAAGAAGCGCUGGUUCGUCUUUGAUCGCCUUAAAAGGACAUUUUCCUAUUACGCCGAUAAGCAUGAGAGCAAAUUGAAGGGCGUCAUCUACUUCCAGGCUAUCGAGGAGGUUUACUAUGAUCACCUGCGCAGUGCCACAAAGAAAGGAUUUUUCAAUCUGAAUUUGGCAAACAGCCCCAACCCCUCCCUGACCUUCUGCGUGAAGACCCACGACAGACUGUAUUACAUGGUGGCUCCGUCCGCAGAGGCCAUGAGGAUAUGGAUGGAUGUAAUAGUGACAGGAGCCGAGGGCUACACGCAGUUCAUAAACUGAGACAAAACCCACUGCUGCUCACUGACCAACGUGUCAAUACAGAAACCAUUCGGCAGGGAGACAUCAAAUGACCCAGACCUGUUAUUCCCAACGAGAGGAAAAACUUUAUUUUGUUACUUCCUUUUUUUUUUUCUCGUGUUUCCUGAAGAUGUUAUAUAUUCACUCAGAUGCACAGACAGAUAUCCACCAGAGGCUUUCCACAUCUGAUUGAAAAAGGGAGAAGACGAAAAGACCCGGUGAACCAAACCUGCAGGUGGUGGCUCACUCACCUUCGAAGAAAAUGCCUUUUUGCCGUCAGAGAUAUUUUUCAGUUGCAGUUCAGUUUAUUUUGUCUGGAUGUGCAGAAACGUGACUUUCAUUGGUAAAGUUUGUCCCACGAUUUGUAAAAAAGCCAAAUGCCAUCAAGCCAUUCUGGAAUAGUAUUGUGCUAAAUACUUGAUGGGAUUGACUGACACGAAAUGACUAGAGAAUAUAAAUGAACUACAUUACAUUUAAAUUAUGUUUUAAAUUGAAUGGAGCAUUACACUCACAUUUAAAGGUCACAGAAACAAAGACUUAAUUCAACAAAGCUCACCUACCAGCUCAGGAGUCUAUAUUUAUUGUAGAGGUACAUCAGCGACUCCUGUCCAACUUUAUCCCACUGUGUCUCUGUGUUCCCAGCUCAUUCUUUUAGAUGCAGAACCACAAAUGCAUGCACACACACACACACACACACUAUUUGCCAAGUCCUGACAACUUGAUCUUGUGAUUUGACUCCCUAGGGAGGCAGCCAUCACCUAUCACUGCCAGCCUACGAGAGUUUGGAAUAGUUGCCACAAACAGGAGAAAAAUAAACAACAUCAUAAUCAUGCAGUGCCUUGAUAAUGACCCAUAUUUGUCACUUUUAGGAUCUUAAUUGUUACACUAGUGAAAAAUAGCUGGAAUCACAGUCUUAAGGUGCGGCCACAUUAAUGAAAUUUUGAGAUUAAAAAAAAAAAGUUGAUUGUCAAUUGUAUGGUGAUGUAUGAAGCACAGCUCACACAGAAGUCACAUUCAAAACAAGCAAGUUUUCUGGGUUUCUGUUGGUCAAUGCAGUGAAUUUGACUGUUUAUCGUUUUAUUUGAUCAUUCUGCUUUGGAAAAUCUUUUUUCAUCAUCGAAAUAUCAGAUUGCAUGGAUGCCUAUUGAAAUUCACCUUGAUUUCACCACGAAAAUUCACAAAACAACAGUAAAUUUGUGCGAAUUUUGUGAAAAUUGGACAG